UCACGUGUGUGCAGUGCCCAAAGCGUGCGCGUUUCAAAGUGCCACUAUAAUGACACAGAUUAGUCGCGCGUGAAGCGUCCGCUUCGCGUACACGUGCCACAACGUUGUCCUACAUUGGUCACCAGUAACGUGUAAACGCCGCUACAUGACGGACGUGACCUCUCGAAAUUUCGAGCGUCUUGCGCCCGAAAUCGAGGCCGCUAUCGAGAAUGCCGCGUUCGUGGCCAUCGACACGGAGUUCACGGGCCUCGUUUACGAUCCGGACGCGACGCCAAGCCUUUUCGACAGCAUCGAAGAUCGCUAUGCUAAGCUGCGUCAGAGCGUCGCUUCUUUCUACGUGUGUCAGCUUGGACUCUGCACGUUCACGUACGUGCCGGAGGAGAAUCUCUACAAGGCGCAAGCGUACAACGUCUACCUGUGUCCACGCUCGUUCGGCAAAGUAGAUCCUCAGUUUUGCGUGCAAGCCUCCUCGAUCGAGUUUCUCUGCCAGAGUGGCUUCGACUUCAACAAGUGUUUCUACGAGGGCGUCCCUUACGCCGACUGGGCAUGUCAGAGGGCCGCCGAGUUGUACGUUAUGAACGAGCGUUACUUCGAGAUGCCUGGGUUGUCCAAAGUCUACGACAGUGUUCGCCACUGGUUGAACAAUAACGACCGUUCCAAGUCUCCUGACGGCGAGAAUUCGUUGACACUGACGCUGCCCGAAGAUCUGAGCGCCGUGGUCGUGAUGGCCGAUCUGAAGACGCGUUUCCCCGGCGUCCUAGUCGAACUUUCUCGCGGCGGGCUCAAGCUGACUCUGCCGGAGAAUAUUGAACCACAGCGCAUUGCUGCACAAGGCCGACCGCCCACGGAAUCUGAGUUGCGUAGCGCCAUGGUGGGUUUCAGACGCUGCUUCGAGGUGCUGGCCGCGAGCGGCAAGCCCGUGGUGGGUCACAACAUGCUCCUAGAUCUGCUCCUGCUGUACCACCAGUUCUGCGAGCCGCUGCCCAAGUCGUACGCCAAACUUAAGCCGGGACUGAGCUCCGUGUUCCCGGCUGUUUACGACACCAAGCACAUGUCUCUCCAGCUUCGGCAACAGGUACGGGAAGCGAUCGACAGCGAAGUGCCCGGCAUUUCGGGGCUGAAGGAGUUGGUGUCCGGUGCAGACCUGUUCUCUCUGUUCAAAGCUCUGAGCGAAGUAAAAGUACCUUACGCACCACGCGUCGUGGGAGCACCAGAGAACCUACGAGCUCACGAGGCUGGUUGUGAUGCCUACGCAGCGGGCUUCGUCUUUUUGAAACUGGCACACAUUGUUGCUCAAAAGCCUCUGGAGGUUUCCUGCGCUCUGUCCUGGCGGAGUCUCCAGCACACCGUUCGACUCUACGCGAACCAGGUGAACCUGAUUCGUGCCCAGUACCACCACCUCAGCCUGGGCCCCACCGACAAGGUUGCCGAGACAAGGCCCCCAUGGCUCUGCAUCCGCUUGCCUGAACAGGCACAGGCACAGGUGCGGGCUGUGUUGUCACGCUGCGGCACUGUCGACAUACGCUGCCUCUCGCGCAACUGCCUCCUGGUCGCCGUGGGCAACUAUGGAUGUGCGAGGGACAUUGUGGAAGCCUUUCAAGAAGACCCCUCGGUUAAAGUAGUGAAGUACAAGUCUUACCAGCACAACAGCGUUGUGCGGGCCUGGCUGUGGACGGCCGCUGUGGCCUCACUUGGGCUGAUGGCAACAUGCGCUCUGCAGUUCGCGGCCAUUUACCCUACGGGAGUAUGCUCAUGGUCGCUGUCACGUAACCUGAAAAACAAUGCAGUAACCUGAAAAACAAUUCAGCUGGAAGUCCUGAUGGCAUACCAACCAAGUGGAAUCAACCUUGAAUAGUAGCAGGAGUUGACUUUCAGCAGGAUGACCAAGUGUGCUGUCAUAACGAAGACUUGUUUUUUUCAAAGCUGUAACCCCCCCGCUUACACGCCUUUGGGCAAAGCAGGGUAUUUCUGAAUAAAGAA